AUGACUGGCAUGAUGACGGUAUCGGUGAUGACUGGCAUGGUGACUGUCCGGGUGAUGACCGGCAUGGUGACUGUCCUGGUGAUGAACGGCAUGGUAACGGUCCCGGUGACUGUCCUGGUGAUGAACGGCAUGGUGACGGUCCCGGUGAUGACUGGCAUGGUGACUGUCCCGGUGACUGUCCUGGUGAUGAACGGCAUGUCUUCACUGGUGAUGCCCGGCAUGGUGACGGUCCCGGUGACGGUCCUGGUGAUGACUGGCAUGGUGACUGUCCCGGUGAUGACCGGCAUGGUGACUGUCCUGGUGAUGCCCGGCAUGGUGACGGUCGCCGUGACGGUUCUGGUGACUGUCCCAGUGACGAUCCCGGUGAUGACCGGCAUGAUGACGGUCCCAGUGAUGACUGGCAUGGUGACUGUCCCGGUGACUGUCCUGGUGAUGACCAGCAUGGUGACGGUCUCGGUAAUGACUGGCAUGGUGACGGUAUCGGUGAUGACUGGCAUGGUGACGGUAUCGGUGAUGACUGGCAUGGUGACGGUAUCGGUGAUGACUGGCAUGGCGACUGUCCGGGUGAUGACCGGCAUGGUGACUGUCCUGGUGACGACCGGCAUGGUGACUGUUCGGGUGACUGUCCUGGUGAUGACAUGCAUGGUGACGGUCCUAGUGACUGUCCUGGUGAUGACUGGCAUGGUGACGGUCCCGGUGAUGACUGGCAUGGUGACAGUCCCGGUAACUGUCCUGGUGAUGAACGGCAUGGUGACGGUCCCGCCUGUCCUGGUGAUGACCGGCAUGGUGACGGUCCUGGUGAUGACUGGCAUGGUGACAGUCCCGGUAACUGUCCUGGUGAUGAACGGCAUGGUGACGGUCCCGGCGACGGUCCAGGCGAUGCCCUGUCUUCGGUGGUAUUCUCCCAGGCCAGCUCCGUGUCCGCCUGUGCCUGUCCUGGUGAUGACUGGCAUGGUGACUGUCCCGGUGACUGUCCCGGUGAUGACUGGCAUGGUAACGGUCCCGGUGACUGUCCUGGUGAUGACCGGCAUGGUGACAGUCCCGGUGACUGUCCUGGUGAUGACCGGCAUGGUGACUGUCCUGGUGAUGACCGGCAUGGUGACGGUCCCGGUGAUGACUGGCAUGGUGACUGUCCCGGUGACUGUCCUGGUGAUGAACGGCAUGGUGACUGUCCUGGUGACGACAUGCAUGGUGACGGUCCUAGUGACUGUCCUGGUGAUGACUGGCAUGGUGACGGUCCCGGUGAUGACUGGCAUGGUGACUGUCCCGGUGACUGUCCUGGUGAUGAACGGCAUGGUGACGGUCCCGGCGACGGUCCAGGUGAUGCUCUGA